AUGGCUCUCACUUUUAGCGAUAUCUUCAAAUUCAUAGCUGCUGUCAUCCUCCCACCUCUUGGUGUGUUCCUCGAGCGCGGUUGCACUCAAGAUCUUUGCAUCAACAUCUUGUUGACCUGUCUUGGAUGGAUUCCUGGUGUCAUCCACGCCUUCUAUAUUAUUCUAAAGUAUUAG